AUGCCAGUCAAGAGAACAUCGAUUGACUUUUCACCAUGGAUUCAAAAUGGCCACUACUCUUCACAUAAAUUGUCGCCUCAGCCUGCCCCUGAAGACGACCCUGAAGCACGGAUCUUUGUCGAUGUGGCACAGUUGGGUAAACUAAGGGUUUUCAGUGGUGACUGGGUUACUAUAUCCUCCAAAGAACCUGUUGCAUGCAAAAGGCUCUGCAGGAUUUAUGGGUUAUCAUUAUCUACAUUAAACUCCACCAAAGGACAGCCAAGGGUCUAUCCAGUAGUCGCCAAAGCAGUCACAGUCGCUAGGGUUGCUUCACCAGCAACAGUUGAUAAAGCAUUACAAACAGCCUGUCUUGAGGCUUUGAAGGAGUGGUUUGAAGAGUACGAGCGCGUUGUAUGCGAAGGUGAUAUCAUCGGCAUUGAGGUUGACGAAGAGGCUGCUAAACUCAUCCCCAAACAGCUCAGCCCAACAGACGCAACCACAAUGGUUUACUUCAAAUUGACACAUUUGGAAGAUUCUGGAAAACCCAACAAACACACUCAACUUGUUGACCCUUCUGUCACAAAGAUGAUCCAGUCUGGACUUGAACAUACAAGGGUCCCUUCAAAAUUGAGACGUAAUGCCCAAAGUCCUGCCAUCCCGGCACUGAAUGAUCCUUCAGCACCUCAGGCAUUUUCUCAGCUUUAUCAACUUGUAUCUUCAGGAUUGCAUCCAUUUUCUUCCAAACUGGGCCUAAAUUGCACGGUUUUGUUACACGGUGCUCGAGGCAUUGGAAAAAAGACGGUUGUAGGUUGGGUGGCUGAUCUUGCAGGAAUCCAUCUAAUGGAAGUCAAUUGUUUCGAUAUCGUCAACGAUACAGACGCCAAGACCGAAGUGGCUGUGCGUGCUAAAUUUGACAAGGCUGUGGCGUGCGGACCAUGCAUUCUUCUUCUUCAACAUAUUGAUGCAUUGGCCAGGAAGAGUGUGGCUUUAGAGACCGGUCAAGAGCCCAUCUUAUCAACCGUCCUCAAAGAUUGUUUCACGCAGUUGGGGGAUUCCUUCAAGACAAUGGGACAUCCAGUAACAGUUGUUGCAACAACAAGUGAUAUUGAUAAGGUCCCUACAUCAGUCUUGGGAUGCUUCUUGCACGAGAUCGGAUUCGACGCCCCUAAUGAAGCACAGCGUCUUGCUAUCCUCAAGAACCUCACUCUAUCCACACCUUUGGGACCAGAUGUUUCUCUAAACUCGCUUGCGACCCAGACAGCUGCCCUUGUAGCUAAAGAUUUGGUUGAUUUGACUGGACGCGCUGGUCUCGUCGCCAUUGAGCGCGUGGAAAAGUCAAUCUGGAAUAAGUGCUAUAUCUCUGAGCAGAGUCUAGUCAAUGCUGGUGUGACAGUAACCGCAACAGACUUUGACGUUGCAUUGAAUAAGGCUCGCGCAUCCUAUUCCGAUUCGAUUGGUGCGCCAAAGAUCCCAAAUGUUACUUGGGAUGAUGUUGGAGGUCUUGCCUCAGUCAAGAAUGACAUUCUUGACACAAUUCAAUUACCGUUAGAGCAUCCAGAGCUGUUCGCCAGCGGGCUCAAAAAGCGCUCUGGUAUUUUGCUGUAUGGUCCACCAGGAACUGGCAAGACCUUGCUUGCUAAAGCUGUAGCAACAUCGUGCUCACUCAACUUCUUCUCUGUGAAGGGUCCAGAGCUGCUUAACAUGUAUAUUGGCGAGUCUGAAGCCAAUGUUCGCAGAGUCUUCCAGCGUGCUCGUGAUGCAAAACCCUGCGUCAUCUUUUUUGAUGAGUUGGACUCUGUUGCACCUAAGCGUGGAGAGAAGGGAGACUCUGGUGGUGUUAUGGAUCGUAUUGUUAGUCAAUUGCUUGCCGAACUGGAUGGUAUGAAUGGUGGCGAAGGGUCUGGAGAUGUCUUUGUGAUUGGAGCUACGAAUCGGCCUGAUCUACUUGACCCCGCUCUGCUACGACCUGGACGAUUUGACAAACUACUCUAUCUAAUGGCUGAAAAAUGCCCGUUCAACUACACAGGAGCAGACUUUUAUGCACUGUGCUCGGACGCCAUGCUUAAGGCCAUGUCCCGUACUGCAAAUUCAAUUGAGAGCCGUGUCGUUGCAAUCAACGGCGACGAAACAUCGACACUUCCACGCCCAAUCACUUCACAGUACUACCUUGAUCAUCUUGCAACACCCGAAGAGAUUCUAGUACAAGUAACGGAAGAGGAUUUUGACAAAGCCCUUGCAGAAUUGAUUCCAUCCGUGUCAGCACAGGAGCUUGAGCACUACAGACAAGUCCAAAAGAUGUUCAACAGUGAUGACUUUGCCAGAGAUAUGGAAGCAGCAGCAGAGGAAGAAGCUAAGAAGAAAGAGAAGGCUGAGGUGAUAAAGCAACAACAGGCGGAUGAUUUAGAGAAAAAAGAACUUGUGGAAAAUUCUUCACCUGGAAGAGGCAAGGGCAAAGGAAAGGGCAAACAUAGAAAAUAA